AUGGAGAAAGAGUUCAAAAUCCCGCCGGUAUCUUUCGCAUCCGCCGGGAACCCGUCUCUCGGCGACCCUAACAACCAACAACGCCGCGUACCAAGACCGCCGUUUCAACCUAACUCCGGCAUCCCUUUCAUGUCAUUCGACAUUGGCUCCGCCGCCGUUUCGACAUCCUCCGGUCCUAUGUACUCCGGCCCCGGCAUCGGUGGUGGUUCGGUUAACUUCGACGACGAGGAGCCUCUUCUCGACGAGCUAGGUAUUCAUCCUGAUCAAAUCUGGAGCAAAAUCAGAUCGGUUCUUAACCCGUUUCGUGUGAACCACACUGUCCACAAAGACGCUGAUCUAUCCGGUCCUAUUCUUCUCUACAUGGCGUUCUCCCUGUUUCAAUUACUCGCCGGGAAGAUUCAAUUCGGUGUGAUAUUUGGUUGGAUCGUGGUUUCAUCUAUCUUUUUAUACGUUGUUUUCAACAUGCUGGCUGGUCGGACUGGAAAUUUGGAUCUACAUACCUGCACCAGUGUGGUUGGUUAUUCAAUGUUGCCGGUGGUGAUUUUCUCUGCACUGUCGCUUUUUAUUCCACAGGGGGGUUUCCUUGGAAUCUCGAUCGCUGCGGUUUUCGUUUUAUGGGCCACUAGGGCUUCCACGGGUCUCGUGGUCUCUCUCACGGAUGGUGGCGAUGAACAUCGUGGGUUGAUAGCGUACGCUUGUUUCUUGAUUUACACUCUGUUUUCGUUGCUUGUUAUAUUCUAG